AUGGUUUUCUGUGGUGCCGAUUUCCAAGUGUCUAAAGCUCCGGUGGCGCUUCGGACCCAUCAAAUUACUGCCAAAUCGACGGUAAAUGAUGCAGCCAAGAGGACAUCAAGUAUUCGCGACUUUGCUGCUGAGCUGAAGCGAUGUCUCGAGCCGUCCAUGGGCUCAGGGUGGCACAUCGUCGUGGGGGGUGACUUUGCGGUAGAUCUUCGCUACCGCAAAGGAACAUGUGUGCUACUGUAUAGUAAAACUAAAAAGAUGAAGGUCUUACUGUACCGUACGACACCAUCUGUGUCUCCUCGACCCAUGCAAGAACAUGAAGUUUUGAUGAAACCGAGUGAAAACCUCACUACGAAACGAAAAAUUGUGAUUUUUGAGAGUGACAUGGAGAACGAGAUGACAAAUGCAGUUGUUGAUAAAGUCACAAAACUUUUCAACUUUUAUCAAGAAGUAAAAGACAAUGAGACCAAAAUUGCUCAAGCUCUAAAGCAUUCACUGACGUUCACGUACGGUCCGACAUGGCAAGUGAUCGUGUCUUCUUCGUGUGAAAUGUGCUGCCUACCAAUCGCUGAUAAGGGUUCGCACGCGGACUUUUCCGUGACAAAGCUGCGAGUUGUGGUGUACCGUCAUGCCGGCACCAGUUUGGAUCGUCACUUGGACUCUGCACAAUUUGGCAAGCGCGUUGCCUUUGUUCUGGCUUUGAUCUGUUUGCUGCUCUAUAGCUUUUUGUCGCUGAACUCAUCGGAGGUGAUUCAAAAGUGCAAGGACAGCGUGACAGAUACUAGUGAGGACUUCUUGGUAAAUGACGUUGUUCUGCCUACAAGCUGCUCGGCCGAGGACAUUGAACGCGCAAAUAAUCACGAGUGGUGGAAGACGAGUGCGAUUCUCGGGAUGUCUGCUUUUACGAUGAUUGCGUCGCUUCUUCGCAUGUACACCAAGUCGCUGACUCCGAAAGUCAAACGUUCGUGA